GGGGGGGUCUCUUCAUUCUGUUUUGUGCCUCACACAGAGCUUGUCAAAAAAUUGUGCAGCCGGCUCUUAUUUUUGCAGCUUACCUCAUUCUGUAACUGUCAGCAGCGUCGCCUUUUUCUAUUUGUGCCCAAUGGACUGAAGGCGACACUGAGACACUGGCAGAGACGCAUGGAGAGUGGCAGAAGAAAGACCCUGAUGAGAAAGACCCUGAUGCACGGGGAGGAUGGGACUGGAAGCAUUAUUCUCAGAUCAGCAUAUGUGUGUCUUCGUGUGACAGUGCAUUGGAGAGGGUGUCUAAUGGGGCGUGCGCGUGUGUGUAUGUGUGUGUGUGUACGUGCUGGGUAACGGGAGGGGAGGCAUCAAGGGAGAAGCAAGCGCUGAAGAGAAUGAGCGUGCCGCUUAGGAAAUGUCACACUGGGAAGAUUUGCAGGUUUUGAUCCCGGCAAAUUAAUGCAAAACCCCAGUGCAAGUAUUUGAUUUGGGAAAACUUUGGGAGCAGACUUGUCUCUUAAUAAUAAUUAUUGGGUUUACAUUAAUGUCCUCCCCCAUUCUCUUCCACAGGAGAGUUGAUCACCACUGCCUGUGAGCUGGGGGGAGGCUGUGUCGGUGUCACUAUGCCAGUAAUCCUGCCGUUAGUGCUGCAGGCCGUGUGGCCUGCCCCUCUGCCUUGUAGGCCUCCCCAAAGGCCUUGCAGGCCACCCCCGGGCACUAGACUGCUGCCUCCCCUUCACAUUUUGAUCCCGAGAGUUCUUCUUCUCUUUCCUCUCUGUGACUUUUGUACCUUGGCUAUCCUGCACUUCAAUCUGCGUCAUAUCAGCCACAUAGACGUUAUUAUUUGUCUCUUUUCUUCUCCUAACCUUCACAUUGUGUCCUCAAGCCCACCCAAACCGAGUGGUUCAGUUUUGUUGUAUAUUUAAACCUAGUAGUCAAACUCACCUUUCAGCUCUGUCUUCAUUUGUAGCACUGCCCCUUCUUUCCGCCUGCACGACUCAUAUUAUCAACUCCAGGAAAUGAAUCUUUAAUGACUGAGGCCUUAUCAGGGCAAAGGAGACUUAGCGGCUAAUUGCCGAGAUCCCCCAGACGAGAACGACUGCAGCUCGGAGGUGGUUUUCGGGGCUGGGGCAGGAGCGGGUGAAGAUCACAUGUUGUACUGUGUCCUCUCGGGAGCUGCACUGUCCUUGGGAAGAGGCCAGAGAAAGACAAGUGAGAAGUGUGGCCCAUCCUCCUGGCUACCCGAUCUUCACUCUACUAUCUUGGCUGGCUAUGUGUCUUCUUCCCACAAUCUCACCAGCCUACAGUGUCAACCUAAUGAGCAGUGUGCUGGGGGCUUUGGCGUGCGGCACCCUCUGCAUGACUGUGUGCAGGCUGGCUGGACCUGGUCCUGGAGCAGCACUUGCUGGAGGAGUCUUUGCAGUGUCUAGACUCAGCUGGCAGUGGUCUAUGGUUGCAGAGGUCUUUGCCCUUAACAACCUUUUCACUGGGUUGCUCUUCCUCUCGACUGCUAGUUUUCACUUGGCUAAGAAUGCAGCGGAGAGGCGGAAGGUCUCACAGUGGGGUGCACUAUGCUGCGGUUUGGGGCUCUGUAACCAGCAUACUUUGUUGCUGUAUGUGCUUGUAGUCAUACCGUGGGUCUUCCUUAGACUUUACUCCCACAGGGAGCUCUCAUUGCUUAGCCUUGUAUCAAUGGGAAUAUGCUUCUUGCUGGGUUUCCUGCCCUACAUCUACCUACCGCUCUCUUCCUACAUGAACUCAGCCCGUUGGAGCUGGGGGGACCAGACCACCAUGUCAGGCCUGCUAACCCACCUGCUGAGGGCUGAAUAUGGCACCUUCAGUCUGGCAAAGACAAACAGCUCUGCGAACCUGACCACAAUGAUUUUGGCCCAGUUGGACCACUACCUUGCAGACCUUUCCCUUCCUGUUGUGGUUCUGGCCGGAAUAGGCAUUUUUCUCUCCGCAAGGAAUAGAAUGUGUCGCUCCCUGUCCUGGUUGUUAACUUCCAUGCUGUUCGUAUACUCAUUGUUUUUUGGUUGGAGAGCCAACUUGGACAUCAGUAGACCUCUACUGCUUGGUGUGGUUGAGCGUUUUUGGAUCCAAGGUGAUGCUGUAUUGUGUGUGCUGGCUGGCCUUGGCUGCAGCCUGACCCUGUCUGGGUUGGAGCACAAGCUGGGCCAUGCAGGGUUGUGGAAAACAACAGGCUGGGUCCUCACCACAGCUCUACUGGCAAACAUGGCACACACUAAUUACAGGGAAUGUGAUCAGAGCAAGAACAGUGUGGUGGAACGGUUUGGCAGGGAGCUUUUAGCUUCCUUCUCAGCGGACGCCAUCAUCCUGACCAGGGGAGAUCUGCCAGGGAACUCCCUCCGCUACCUGCACUAUUGUCUUCAUGUACGGCCUGAUGUGCAACUGGUUGACCAAGAGAUGAUGACGUACACUUGGUAUGUGGCCAAGCUGGGGCAUCACCACCCGCGGGUGCACUUUCCUGGCCGCCAGUGGGACCCGGUCCACUUCAAGGUGAAAGACACCUUCAGUCUGGAGCAGUUUCUGUCUUUCAACUCGCAGAGGGAUGUGUUCGCCUGUAUUGGGCUCUCUGAUGGAGACCAGAGCUGGCACCGUAGCUUCUCCAGCUGGCCCUUUGGUGUGUGUGACUUCUUGGUACCUGCUCAGAGGCAAUUACACCCCAAACAGUGGGCCAGUCGCACACGCAACCUUUAUAACUGGAGCGAGCCACACAACAGUUUCCAUCUUGCAUCCUGGGAGCGUGUGGCGAACGAGGAGAUGUGGCAAGCCAGGAUGAAGACAGCUUUCUUUCUGUUUGACCUGGCUGAGAGGAUGCAGGGAGAGGGCAAAGCUGACCUCUUUGAGCUGUCUUACUCUCUGUAUAAGGAGCUUGUGGAGGCCCACUCCAACUACCCUCCCAACUGGGACAAGAACCUGGCACUGGCCUGUGAGAGGCUGCUUCGCUCAGGUCACCAGGGCCACAAUCCAGAUGGCCUGCUGACCUGCAGCAUCCAACACUUUAGCCUGUACUUGGACAAGGAUCCCACAGAUCCGCAGGCGCCCGCCAUACGCUCGGCCAUUGCCCACCUUCUGAAGGAGAGAGACUGGCAACCCAAGCACUUCAAGAAAACCACAUGACAUGUUUUUACGCAGACCUAUGUGGUGGUGACAUGCAGAAGGUGUGAAGCUGAUCUACAUGUAACAAGCCUCUUGUUUGGCAGGUCCUCCACAAGGAAGCUCAAUAAUGUAGUUCUGUUCAAGACUAAAUUGCCACACUGGACUUACUACUAAAUAGGAUUUGGCCAUACUUGUACUGGACUCCAGGAAGCCUUGAAUGACCUCAACAAAAAGCUGCCUGUGCACCCAUUUAGACUCGCCCAUUUGAUUGCUUUAUCAUUACAUCUUCUGCUCCACCCCCCUUCCCUGCCCAUGCAGCUUUUAAUGUACUGAUUAUUUUAGCCUUGGCCGCCGCUCCACUUCUCUUUUUUUUUUCCUCACAUUAGGACGACGAGAUUGAGGGAAACCCAAUUUGGGGGCAGAAAUGGGGGAUUAGAGCAGCUGUUUAAUCUAGGACAGACUUGCACUGUGCCACCCAGUCCACUCUCCACACGCCGAGCACUUGCCACCCAUCCCCCUGUCCAUCAAUCAGUCGAUCUUAGAUGGUCUUUUAAAUGUUUAAAACUAAUGGAUUCGACGAGGGUUUUUUUUUCCCCUUCGCUCUUCCGGUAGGCCUGUAAUCUCUCAUGGAUUUAAAUGAAAUAUGAAAUGUCACAAUGCCAGAGACCCUUUUAAAGGUGUGUGUGUGUCAAUUUGCUAUUGAAUCUCUAUGCAUGUGUGUGAACAUGCAUAGCUCUCAUGCUCCAGACCCAUGUGGAAAUUGUCAGAGAAGGGAACAGCCCUCUGAUUAUUUGAGAAAUUGUGCAAAGUCCUCAUGUAUAGAAAAAUUAACAUGUCUGCAUCGACUCACGUGACCCUGAGACAAUAGAUGGAGGAUGCUGAUCUUAAGAUCCCAAGGCAUCAAAGCACUGCUUUCUCUGAAUAUAAUCUGGAGCAGUAAAAAAAAAAAAAAAAAAGAAGAGCAAUACAAGUCACUUUGGACAUUUUGGUUCCCCAAUUCAGUUUUACAGGUUUAAUAAAGAAAUUGGGACUACAGAAGAGUUCCUGUUGUUGUUACCCACCACAAUUGUAACCUCAAAAGUUGUAUGUUUACAUUUGUGAGGUGAGCUGUCUUACGCCCGCUUUCCAUUUUUACUUUACUUGUCUCCCCUCCGCCCUCACCCCGUCUUCCCCAAAACCCUCUUCUGCUCUCCUGUCCCCUUUCUCUGAAAGUCAGUUGCCCACCCUAAAUCAGCAAGCUGCCGAGGAUUGUGGGAACCCGUAGAAUCGGCGUGACCGAGGAUGCAGGCAGGGAGCCACGACAACGCUGGAAUGUGGGGCGUCUGAGGAGAUAAGAGCUCUGUGAGCCCA